AUUCUAUUUAACCUUUGAAAGAGAAGUGAAACAUAUGCUUGUAAACAGAAAGUGAUUACAAAAAGAAAAUAAAAUUCAAAACAUUGUGAUGGUUUUCUAAUUACUAUCCAAAGGCUCUUUCUGAAUAUCACUGAAGUGAACUGGAUAUUAAAAUGGGAAGAAAUUCAAAUGCAACUUUUGUAAAUAAUGCACGCAUCCAAAAGGAGCAGCUACAACUUUGUAAAAUUCAAAAGGAGCUGGAAACCAUUAUAGGCAGAGUAAAUGAAGCCAUAAACGAAUUAAAGGUGGAAGAACUACAGUUAAAAGCAGGAGCAGCAGCAGCUUUGAGUGAAAAUAUGCGAUCCGCAAAUCUAAACAAAUCAUGUGAGCAAGAGCUACCCAGCACGAGUAACCAGGCCAGUUUAUCACUCGCUCAAUUGCCACAUAACAUACCAUGCAGAUCAACAGAACAAGAUAAUGUGCAAAUCGAUGCAGUUAUUAUCAAUAAGCAAAUUAUAUAUUUAAACACAGAUCGGAAGGCCAACAAUAACAUAGAGGAAGAGGAGGAAGAUGACAUGUAGUAGCAGCAAGCAGUAGUGCCUAAUUAUGAUUUAUUCUGAAACACCCGCACAUUUUUAUUACACAUAUAAUUUGUGAUGUUUUUAUUCAUAAAUAAAUGUAUUUUAUUAAAAUAGACCAAA